AUGCUGAUGGGGAGUGGGGCGGGGAAGGGGACACCCUGGGCUUCAGCCCUGUUGCUGUGUUGCUGUCUCUCUGCGCUGCUCCUAAGUGUACGCAGUGAGUAGGUGCUAUGACCAAUAAAGGAGGAGCUGGGUGCACAGCAGCCUGGCCUGGGAGUGGUGCUGCCAAUCUGGGCUCUGAGACCCAGCCGACAGCAGUUGCUGUGGGUCAUGCGCAUGCCCCUCCCUAGACCAGAUGUGGCUGCAGGCCUGCUGCUCAUCAACAAUUUGGGCACUCUUGGGGAUGAUUCCAAAGGCUUCCUAACUGUGAAGGACCUAGCUGAGGUGAAUAACUACUGGGCUCUGCACCUGACCUCCGUGCUCUGCUUGACGUCAGGCUCUCUGAAUGCCUUCCCCGAUAACCCUGGUCUCAGCAAGACUGGUUGUCAUCAUCUCUGUGCCCUGCAGCCCUUCAAGGGCUGGGGUCUGCACUGUGUAGGGAAGGCUACCUGAGACAUGGUGUACCUGUCUCAGGUCCUGGCUGUCGAGGAACCCAGCGUGAGGGUGCUGAGCCAUGCGCAGGGUAGGGAAACCGCGCCGUCUCGCCGCGAUGCUGUCGGGCCGGCAGACCGCGCACAGCCGGCAACGCGGCCGCGGACCCCAAGCUCCGCUGCAGGUCGUGCGCUCCGCCCGGGCUUCCCCGGCGCCGCGGCCCGGGUGCUUGACCCGGGGCGGCUGGGCUGCUGA